AUGUCCGAACUACUUGGAAGCCAAGAAUCGAAGCCAGUCUCCGAUUGUCAUCCUUCUCCACAAUACCACGUAUGCGAGCCGAGCCCAGAUUUACUCACCUCUGUCAUCGAGAACGAGCAUACUCGCCGGUUAGCAAUGCAACAGUAUACGAAGUUAGAGACAAAGCUUGAGGACUUAGCAGAGAAUCACCCUACGCACGACGACGGUGUCUCGCCAAUGAUAGACUUCCUUGAAAAAUUGUUUCUGGCAUUGACAGAGAUGAUACAGUUGGUUACAACAUUAUCAAAUGUUCUAAAAGAACGCCUUGAAACCCCCGAAAUCUAUAUCGCUAUGGAGAGACUCUCCGACAGUGAGUUAAACCGAGCUUAUGCUUCUUUAAAGCAGAAUCCCAACCGCCAGAUGCGAAGAGAGCUAUCCCAGAACUCUCAGGAUGGCGAUGACUAUUUUUGCUCUUCUGGGCGGUUACCUGAGUCCUCAAAGGUGGAUAAUAUGAAUGACAAACUUGGCCAAAGCCCUCCAUCCUAUGAUAUAACGGCUAGUGUUCAGAAAUUGAGGGAUAGUGCUCCCGCAAAGCCGCCUCGGAGUUUUUGGAAGAAAUUUUUGAAAUGGUCAGGAGAAGUUGGAUCGCACGAGGAGUGA